ACAGAGCCCACAUCUCGCCUGAGAAGUUGAUGCGGAUUGAGAAAGACAGCAAGUGGCAACUAAUAGCAUUUGACUGAUGCUCAUCCUGGUCACAGAUGAUCCUGAUGCUGUUGCCGCGGUGGCAAUGCCGUCUUGUCUUCAUGAUUGCCCUUUAUUCCGUGGCGGCUACAUGUUUAGCCGCUGGAUUACCACCCGCCAUGCAGCAAGCUUUCAUCCACCUCUUCCUCUCCAGAUUUUCGUCUUCGGAUACGACCUGCCUGUGGAAGGGCGGUAUUCACCAUUACAGAUGUUCGCGAUUAUGUGCCAUCCAAACAGUUUGUGAUACUUUUGUCUUGAUCAUGGGUUAACGCUGUCCAGAUACCCACAUACGUACCGUGUACAUUUUAUUUUACCCAAGGGGGUGGAAAGCUUCAAGACUCAGCCGUGUAACAGUC